AUGGCGGAGGAGUGGCUGAGGAAUUCAACUGUGAAAGAGAUCAAAAAGUGGAAGCAGCUCAUACAAUCAAGGGGUCGCUCUUUCAUAUUUUCCACAGCUACGCCAGUACCAAUUGCUGCUGCUGCCCAUGCUGCUCUUAUUGUGGCAAGAAAGGAAACAUGGCGUAGACGGGCAAUUUGGAAUCGGGUGGAAGACUUUCGUGCUCUUACUGGGAUCCCCAUAAAAAGUCCCAUAAUCUCUCUUGUCGUAGGGAGCGAAGAGAAGGCUCUACAAGCUAGCCAAGAUCGAUCAUACUACAACUGCAUAUAUCUAACUGAAUUUGUUUAUGAUCGUCAAUUGACGAUGAACAGGAGUUUAUUAAAAUACGGUUUCCAUGUCACUGCAAUCAGGCCCCCAACAGUGCCACCCAACUCAUGCAGGCUACGAGUGACAUUGAGCGCAAUGCACACAAGGCACGAUAUUGAGAAGCUCGUGGAUGCACUCUCCCGUUGCAUCAAUUUCCAAGAAUUGAUGUAG